AGUGCUCCCUUCCCUUGGGUAAUCCUCUCAGACGUCUUGCUCGUGCUCGCGCUCCAUGCUGGAAAGACGUACCUCUUAUCUGCAGACGUUAGUCUGUUCUGGGUUCUUGUUCGUGUGUUAGCAUGCGGGGCUGUGGGGCUCCUUGUGUGGGCCACAGUGGGCGGACAGCUGCGCAGGAAGCGGAUAAUCGAGUGGUCUGUCCUCGGGACGUCAUCCCUCCUUUUAUUCCUCAAGCAUGCGGGUUUAUUGACGGCAUUGUACCGACUUCCGACUACUAGGUGA